AUGGAACUUUUCAGCGAUCCUGCAAUAGCUUCUAACUGCGAUGGGAGAACUACUUGUUCAUUAGAUGUACUUCCUAAAAGACUCGAAAAGUGCAACUAUAUGAGUGAUUUUGUGCAUGUGGAAUAUGAAUGUGUUGCUGAUAAUUCAGUAUUUGAUGUUUGUCGAGAAAUAACGACGACUGUCUCUGAACCGUCGCUUUUUGUCGUAUCUCCAAACGUUUUCCGAGGGUAUUCAUCAGAAUUCAAUCCAUGGAAAAUAUGCGAAUGUAUAAUAAGUUCCAGAAAUAACCAUGACAUCAUGGCGGACUACAUACAUUCGGAUAUUCGCGUCAGUGGAUAUAAUUGUUCCGAAAGUUACAUAUUAAUAGAGAGCAAAAGAUCUCCAAGACAAGAAUCUGUUGAUAAGAUGAUUGAAUUGUGUGGACGUCGUUCCAUCACCAACCAUUUGUUCCAAGGGUCUGUUCGAAUUACAUAUUACAACAAAAACUUUCAAACAGAUGAUGGUUUUCUGACUAAAUUUAGAGUGACUCAGUCAACAGGGAGAGUUGAAACGAAAAUGCAAUGUGGUCCUGUUACAUCAGCCGGCCAGGGUACUCCCCCAAGCAAUUACCAGAGAGGGAACAUCCAUCGAUCAUCAGUAUGGAAAGAGACCCUACCGUCCACAUUUCCAAAUUUCUUCCCAUAUUCUCGUCCGUUCUGGCUUCCGUCGGACAUAUAUCAUCCUUUCAAUGAUCCAUUUGCCACAACAAAUUAUUAUAAUCAGGGAGGAUUUAUCAACAGCCAACCAUUUGCCACUACAAACUAUAAUAAUCAGGGCAGAUUUACCAACACACAACAAGUUAGAACAGAUGAUCAAAUAACGCAAUCUAAUCCCACAUCUAUCUCAAAUGAAUCGGGUUUCCUACGGAACGAAAGGAUAAAAUCUACAUCUGGUGGUUCUAAUCAACCAGACGAAUUAAACAAAACCUUAAACCAGUCGUUUAUUCCGUUCCCAAGGGAUCCAAGAAAAUUUCCUCUGACGAAUCCACAGCAUAUCUUAAUUUCUACUUCACCUAAUGAAUCAUUUCAACCGAAUAAAACUGUGUCUCCCUUGCGACUUUUGGGUGUCGACCCAAGAGUAUUAAACAGCAACCAAAAGAAUCCCAAUAUAACCAAGCAGAUAGGACCAAGUGGGAAACUAGAUUUUCUUAAGAAAUUAACGCUUACAUCUUCUUCAAGUGAGGUUGUUUCAGCCGAGACCGCGAGAAAGUUAAUAAAUGUAAAUAAUAGCCAAAAUAGCUCCCUACAAACAGGAAGAAAACAAAAACUUCUUAGAGAUGACAAAACGGCAACACAAAGAAAACAGUCCUCUAUUUCACAAGGCCGUCUAAACAGCAACCAAAAGAGUCCCAAUACAACCAAGCAGAUACGACCAAGUGGGAAACUUGAUUUUCUUAAGAAUUUCACGCUUACAUCUUCUUCAAGUGAGAUUGUUUCAGCCGAGACCGUGAGAAAGUUAAUGAAUGUAAAUAAUAGCCAAGAUAGCUCCCUACAAACAGGAAGAAAACAAAAGCUUCUUGGAGAUGACAAAACGGCAACUGAAAGAAAACAGUCCUCUAUUUCACAAGGCCAUCAAAAUAAAACUGCAUCAAUCAAACCAAGCCCACGGAGUUCUCUCCUAAAAGACAACAGACAAUUUAUAGAGUUCGAAGACAAUGAACUUAGUGGUACAACCUCACUUAAUGAUUCAGAUAGAAUAUUGGUGUACAUAGGCGCUAGUGUUGGGUUUGUCGCAGUAGCAAUUUCUUGCUUGAUAGGUUUCAUUUUCUGCAAACGAAGGAAUAACGCUAGACACGAUAGAAAAUCAGUGGAUGCUGAAAAGAAUACCACUAGUACCACUAACACUGAUCUAUCCAACAGAUUUCAACAACUUUGAAAUAUGAAUGUUGUAAAAGUACAAGGCAGAGUGAUGACAUCGAAGAAUCAGAAAAUCCCGAAAGCUAAAGAAAUGAGAUUAAUGAGAUAAACUAAAGUUUUUUCGAUAAGAUUAAUAUGAGAAAAUAGUUGCCGAUUAGCUUUUUUAUUAAUAGUUUUGCUUGUGGUUUUUUUUAGUCUAUUUACUUUUUUAAAACGUUUAAUUCCAUUGUAAUAUGUUUUAAUGUGUCAUUUCAAAAUACAACACUAUAUACAAAUA